UUAACUUGGAACAGGUGGGAGAGUCAGGCUAUAAAAAGUUCUUGUGCGUGUUAUUGGAAUAUGUCACACAAUUCCAAGGGGAACCGAACCACUCGGUAAUACAACACGGAUAUAUUUGAUGAAUUUCAUCACAUUCUGACAUGUUCUGAAAAGUUGUACCGAUGCUGCAGUGCCAGUGGGUAAUAAGUGCAAUAGGGAAGUGACCAGGAACACAAAAUGACUGCUGUAUGAACGCCCUUCAGCCCAUGAAUCACAUUUUCCAUCCGAAUACUGACUUCAGACCGGGCCUCCUUCCAAAGCAACUUUUUUUUCCCCCCCUGACGGACAGAAGAAGUGGAAAGUCGCCUUCCUGAGAAACAGACGUGACUUUACUUCGACUUUACGUUUGGGAAGUGGAAGACUAGUGUAUUGUUAUGGUGUCUUUCCUAAGUAGGCCAGGGAUUACGCUUCCUUUUCAAGUAACUUUGCCACUUUUUGUUAUGUUUCACUUGUGGAAUCGAAACGUCGCCACCAUCGGGGUCUUUUAUUGACCCGGACGACAUGGAUCUCCAGGUGAUUGUUUGGCUAAUUUACUGCUUUGUUCUGCCAGUCGUCUUGUUUACAGCCUGUGUUCUUCGCUACAACGUGCUGUCGCUGGUUUACUUGAUUUACUUCCUGUUGCUGCCAUGGUUUCCCAGUCCCAACAAACACACCAUCAGAGGUCAUACAGGACAUUUCAUCAGGGCAAUAUUCUGUACCAGUCUACUGUUUGUACUGGGCCAUAUCUGCUUCCAGACAGUGCUAUACACCUACCCUCCUCUGAACAUCGCCAUCGGUGACAACUGUUCACACGUGGACGUCAUAACCAGACAUAUAGGACUGUCCAGGCUUCCAUUGGAGGAUCCUUGGACUAUCUUGCGCCUUUUGUGUCCAGACCUGGUGGUGUGCGGGGUUUCCUUGCUAACCAUAAUCCUAUGCAGAAGACUCGUCACAAACCGAGUCAUGCUAGCUGCACCCAGUAUUACAACAACAGAUGAUGAAGCAACAGAAGAUGAAGAAUCAGAGGAUGAGGAUGAAGUAGAUGAAGAUGAAGUAGAGUCAUUUCCUGGUGAGCACGCUCCACACGGCUUUUCAACGACAACGUUAGCCAAGCAGCUGGCCGAGCGUCUAAAGGCCGAAGUCCGUAAAGUGCUGCUGGACCUGGGGAGGAUCUUUGCCAUUAGCCUGCUGGCGUUGGCCGGAAUCACAUUGCCCUCUGCUUUCUCGGCUAUCUAUUUCCUGCUUUUCAUCGGUGUCAGCACGUGGUGGGCUUGUCACCUUCCAAUCAGUCAUCUGGGUUUCAAUGCUCUGUGUGUGAUGGUGGGCUUCUUCACGGCUGGACAUAUUGUUUGUUUAUACUUAUACCAGUGUCUCCUGGCCCAGGCGCUUUUCCCUCCGGACAGUCUGUGGGCGAGACUGUUUGGUCUGAAGGACAUCAUCAAACCAGGAAACUGCUCUUCACUGGAUGAUUUCAACCUUAAUGCCCAAUAUGACUGGCCGGUUUACGUCAAUCCAGGAAUACUCUUCCUUCUCUACAUUACCUCCGCAACAGUCCUGAAGACGGGUCAUGGAACACCUAACCAGGAAGAAGACAAGCAGCUGCCCAAAACUGAACGUGACCUUGAAGACGAGAUGGUGGAGUUAAGCUCAUGGAGUCAAAGGAGGGACGACGGUGAAAAUGAAAAGCAGCAUAUGCUCUUACGUGUGGAAAGUGAACUCAUAGGAGAAAGCCAUGAAACUUUGGCUGAAGGAAGUCCACCACAACUUGGUUUUGGUCACGCCAGUGGUGGCCAACAAGCUGAAAGUCCAUUGGUAAUUCUGGGAAAGGUGGUGCUGCAGCAGAGCUAUGUCUGCGCUCUCAUAGCAAUGAUGGUUUGGAGCAUCACGUACCACAGCUGGCUGACAUUUGUCUUGCUGCUGUGGGCUUGUCUCAUCUGGAUCCUGCGUGCCAGACGACAUGCAGCCAUGCUGUGUUCUCCGUUUAUCUUGGUUUAUGCUGUGGCGUUGUGUUGUCUCCAGUAUGUGUGGGCCAUGGAGCUUGACCCUGAACUGCCUACCACUAUGGGAACCAUGAGUCUCAGACAGCUCGGGCUGGAUAAAGCCCAGUACCCGUGUCUGAGACUGGGAGCUAUGCUCCUGUUCACCUCAACCUUUUGGCUCUUAUUACGGCAGUCAGUGAAGGAAAACUUCAGCAUGAGAAAGAAAAUGGCCGCACCCCUGCAAGAGGUCACCACAUCAGAAAUGGAUUCCUCGCAUGAAUCAGCGCUAAAGGUCCUGGGAGGAAUGGUGCUGAGUUGCUAUGCCAAAUAUUGGAUCUACGUGUGUGCUGGGAUGUUCCUCAUGGUCUCCUUUGUGGGAAAACUCGUUGGAUACAAGCUCAUCUACAUGCUGCUUUUCCUGCUCUGCCUCUGCAUAUAUCAGGUGUACUAUUCCGUUUGGAGGCGUCUUUUGAAAUUAUUCUGGUGGCUUGUUGUUGCCUACACCAUGCUGGUGCUGAUUUCCAUCUACACCUACCAGUUUGAAGACUUCCCAGUUUACUGGAGGAAUUUUACCGGUUUAAAAGAACAACAGCUGGCAGCGAUUGGUCUGGAGACGUUUGCCCUCUCAGAACUGUUUGUUAGCAUUCUGAUCCCUGGAUUCUUCUUGUUGGCCUGCAUUCUACAGCUGCACUAUUUCCACAAACCCUUCAUGAGAAUCACUGACCCUGAAUAUGUGUUACCAAUACACAGGAAACGCAGCUUUGAGCAGACUGGCCCUCGUCAUGUUGGAACGCUCUCUGAAGAGGAUGUGGUCACCAACAUGGAUGAUGACUCAGCAGAUAAAGAGAAGUUGAUGCCUAGCAAGUGGGGUCUGGUGAUGGACAGGUUACUGGUUCUCUUCAGAAAGUUCUCAGACAUUCUCACAAGAGGUCAAGUCUUUCUCUGGAGGCUUCUGGAAAUCCACAUCCUUAAGAUGGUGGCCUUCUACUCUGUGUGGGUUGCGCUUGAAGAGCCGUCCGUGCUAAACCUGGUCCUGGUGGUGCUGUGGUCUUUGGCAAUGCCGUUCAGCGGCUUCAGACCGAUGGCCUCCAGUCUGUCAACAGUGUGGGUGUGUGUCAUCAUCAUGUGUAAGAUGCUGUACCAGCUGAGUGUCGUCAGCCCCCCCGAGUACUCCAGCAACUGCAGCCUCCCUCUACAAAAUGAAACCAACCUGUCACAAGGGGAAAUAAGGAAUUCUUCCCUGUAUCGGGCACCGGUGGAUCCAGCCCGAUGGUUUGGUAUCAGGAAGGAAGCUACUGUACUGGACUACAGCAAGAGCCACUUGGUGGUGCUGCUGCUGUUGGUGUUCGAGGCCACGGUGUAUCGUCAUCAGGCUCACCACUACCGCCAGCUCCAGCGGUCUCCCCCGAACAUACCGGUCCUGUUCACGGAAGCCACCAGGGACACUUUGGACAAAGGCCUCAUACCCUGCUUCAAGUACCUGCUCAACUACACGUUCUACAAGUUUGGAUUAGAGAUCUGCUUCCUGAUGACUGUGAAUGUGAUUGGCCAACGGAUGAACUUCCUGGUCAUCAUCCACGGCUGCUGGUUGGUCGCCAUCUUAGUGAGACGACGUCGAGCAAAAAUUGCAAGGAUUUGGCCCAAAUAUUGUCUCUUUCUGGCCGUCUUCAUGAUCUAUCAGUAUCUGCUGUGUGUGGGUAUACCACCUGCCCUCUGCAAAGAUUACCCAUGGCGGUGGAACACCCCGGUUUUGAUGAACUCCGCGCUCAUUAAAUGGCUUUACCUACCAGACUUCUACACGGUGCCCAACUCCAAAAACCUGAUAGUGGACUUUGUGCUGCUGAUAUGCGCAUCCCAGCAGUGGAAAGUGUUCGAGUGUGAGCACCUGGAGGAGUGGAUGGUUCUGGCAGGAGACAAUACGGACAGCCCCGAUCCCAUGGAAGGACGACUGUUCAACCCCGCACCCAACUUCAUCAACUGCAGGAGUUACCUGGACAUGGUUAAGGUGUUCGUGUUUGGCCACCUGUUCUGGUUUGUCCUGUCCGUGGUCUUCAUCACCGGGGCCAUGCGGGUCUCGGUGUUUGGAUUGGGAUACCUUCUCUCCUGUUUCUUUUUUUUGCUUUUUGGCACCCAGUUAUUUGUCAAAACAUCCAAGACACGCCUUGCCAUGUGGGACUGUCUCAUCAUCUACAAUGUGGCGGUCAUCAUAUCCAAAAAUAUUCUAUCAAUUCUGGCGUGUGUGUUUGUUUUGGAGAUGCAGAAGAGCUUUUGUUGGAUGAUCCAACUCUUCAGCUUAGUUUGCACAGUCAAAGGAUACUACGAUCCAAACACAAUUAGUGAUAAGAACUGCAGCCUGCCGGUCCAGGAAGCUGGGAUCAUCUGGGACAGUAUUUGUUUUCUCUUCCUGUUGCUGCAGAGAAGGGUCUUCCUCAGUUUCUAUUUCAUUCACGUCGUCGACGAAUUGCAGGCGUUUGCUCAACAGGCGUCAAGGGGGUGUGAGCUCUUCAAAGCCACGAUAAUGAAAAACAUCAAAUUACACCAACAGGCUGAGAAGAAAUCCUUAUCACAGCUCAAGAGAUCAAUGCAGAGAAUUCGCUCCAAACAGCAGAAGUACAGAGAUGGACACAAAAUUCCAGAAGAAGACACCCAGAGUGGAAGUAGUGAAACCAAGACAGAAAAAAGAAGUUGUUCUCAGUCACGGUUGGACCACGCAACAGUCCUGCACUCAGGAGAGUACUACCUGUUUGAAUCGGAUAGCGAAGGUGAACAUGAACUACUGUCUGAGGAGCAGAAACCUCAGAAGCAGACUGCCUACCAGUUGGCUUAUCAGGCGUGGGUGACCAAUUUGAAAAGAGCUCUGAGAGAACGUCAGAGAAGCCAAAGACAACAGAGAAGACUUGAAAUGGUCGAGGAUGAGAUUGCCACGCAACACGUGUCACAAGAGGAGGCUUGCUCUGUAAAAGAUGACAACUAUGUGUUUGAAGAUCUUCAGUUUCAGGAGCUAGAGGAACCAGAGGAGUCUGGCCACGGAGAGAUUGUUCAGAGGAUCUUGGAUAUGCUGAGUUUUUUAUGGGCCAUCGUUCAAGCCAUGAUGGAUGGGCUGACCCAGUGGCUUAACCUGCUGACUAAGCAAUAUCGGGAAACGUCUGCGGUGCUGUGCAAUGAACGCUACUUCUUUAUCAAGAAAAUACAGCAACCUCACAUGACAGCAGACUCUUCGGGCGACCAUCUUUCUCAGGGAAGUGGGAGUUCUCAUUUGAGUCACACCGAAAACGAUUUCUCUACACCGUACAGCUGCUUGGGAGAUAGCCAGGUUGCGGAGGGCUCGGCUCCUCCCCCGAGGCUCGGCAGCACCGCCAACCUCUUGAAUCCCGACCUUCUGCUCGGAAGCGGUGACCAGAUACCCCAUCAAUCAUCAAUCGUGCAACAACACAGACACUCCAGAACAGCCAGUGAGGUGCUGGGAGACAGGCACAUCUUCAUCGAAGAACUGGAAGAAAGCAGAAUGUUCUACAGCAAUCAAAACCGCGUACUGAAGCUGCUCUUCGCCACUCACAGUCUGUUGGCAGCCCACUCCGAGCUCGUUUGUUAUUUCAUCAUCAUCUUGAAUCAUUUGGUCAGCGCCUCCGUGAUAUCGCUGCUCCUGCCCAUUCUGGUCUUUCUGUGGGCCAUGUUGACUGUUCCCAGACCAAGCAAAAGGUUUUGGAUGACUGCCAUUGUCUACACGGAGGUGAUGGUGUUGGUAAAAUACCUGUUCCAGUUUGGCUUUUUUCCUUGGAAUAGUGUGUAUGAGAUGACUUUGAAUGAAGACAAGCCUUUCUUUCCACCUCGCAUCUUGGGUGUGGAGAAGACGGACACGUACAUAAGAUAUGAUCUCCUUCAGUUGCUGGCUUUGUUCUUCCAUAGAUCUUUGCUCAUGCGUUACGGCCUGUGGGACCACAAAGACCCCUUGGAGGAACAGAGUAGCUCUUCAGAGAAUAACAAAGAGAGCCGAGACAAAACCAAAGUGUGUAGUUUAAACUCUGCGUCCACCACUGAAAACCUAAACAUCAUCCACCUGGAACAACUUGAAAAGGUGAAUGUGGACGAUGUUGGAAUAAGCACUUGCAGCGUCACCACACAACUCCUUUCCGCUGACUCGGCAGCAGAACUCGUGCCUGGGCCGAAUCCUUCUGGUGGCUCGGAAAAGGACGCAGUGAGCGGGAGCAAUGAGGAGUUCAUGGAGAAAGGCCAGCAGAAAAGCGGCGGCCUCCACUUCCGAAGGAAACUAAGAGAGCUUAAAAAACAGAAUUCCAAAGUGAAGUCCACCUCCGAGAGCUCAUGUUCCAGCAAAGACCAAGGGAACAAAAAGAGGAAGGCCAAGAAGCGAGAAGUAGCCAGCCGUAGACUACAAACGAUUCGACAUAAGUUAAAACUAGCAUUUAUUUAUGGCAUCCAGGGUGUUUACAAGCCCAUUCAAGGUUUCUUCAUUCAUACCCUUCGAGGAGACUAUCGGGUUGCCACCGAUGUCUACGCGCUCAUGUUCCUGACUGACGUCAUCGACUUCAUCGUCAUUGUGUUUGGCUUUUGGGCUUUUGGGAAGCACAGUGCAGCAGCUGAUAUAGCGUCCACCUUGUCAGAAGACCAGGUUCCUGAAGCGUUCCUGGUGAUGCUCCUCAUCCAGUUCAGUACCAUGAUCAUUGACAGAGCGCUCUACCUGCGGAAGGCCGUCUUGGGGAAACUCAUUUUCCAGGUGGGUCUUGUGUUUGGGAUACACCUUUGGAUGUUCUUCAUCCUCCCGGCUGUCACUGAAAGGAGGUUCAAUCAGAACUUAGUGGCCCAGCUGUGGUACUUUGUCAAAUGUAUUUACUUUGCCCUGUCAGCAUACCAGAUCCGCUGCGGAUACCCAACUCGUAUUCUUGGCAACUUCCUCACCAAAAACUACAGCCACCUCAACUUGUUUCUCUUCCAAGGUUUCCGUCUGGUCCCUUUCCUCGUAGAGCUGCGAGCCGUGAUGGACUGGGUUUGGACUGAUACGACCUUGUCUCUGUCCAACUGGAUGUGUGUAGAGGACAUUUAUGCCAAUAUUUUCAUCAUCAAAUGCAGCCGUGAGACGGAGAAGAAAUAUCCACAGCCGAAAGGACAAAAGAAAAAGAAGAUGGUGAAAUAUGGAAUGGGUGGACUCAUCAUCCUCUUCUUAGUGUGCAUCAUCUGGUUUCCCCUGCUCUUCAUCUCAUUGGUCAGAUCUGUGGUGGGUGUGGUCAACCACCCCAUUGACGUCACCGUUACCGUCAAGCUCGGAGGAUAUGAGCCUCUCUUCACCAUGAGCGUCCAGCAGCAGUCCAUUCAGCCUUUCACACAGACGGAGUAUAAUGAACUUAGCAAAAAGUUUGGCAACAACGCGGUAGCCAUGCAAUUCAUUUCCCUGUACGGUUGCGAGGACGUUGUCACAGCCAUGAUUGAAGGCAGCUCGGGAUCAGUGUGGAGAAUAAGCCCCCCCAGCAGACAGGAAGUGAUCAAAGAACUUCUGGAAAGCCCCGCUGACCUAACAUUACGUCUGUCGUGGAAUUUCCAAAGGGACCUGGGUAAAGGAGGGACUGUGGAGCACACGUAUGACAAACAUUCCAUUCAUCUGGAGCCGGGGAAUCCCGUCAGAGCCAAUCUGGCUUCUCUUCUGGUGGGCAAUCGCACCAAGCCCGUGCAUGUUCCUAACAUGUUCCCAAAUUACAUCCGGGCCCCCAAUGGAGCAGAGGCCAAACCAGUCAGUCAACUAUAUGAAGGAAAUGAUGGCGGCUACCAGAAUAUAACCCUUUUCUUGAUGAGUGACAAGUCAUCCAGCGGGAAACAGGAGUGGUGGGACAUUGCCGUUGGGGGCUGCGACCCUUCUUCGUGUGGAGUUCUCUCCAUGAUCAUAUUCAAUGACAAAGUCAGUCCACCCAGCCUUGGCUUCCUCGCCGGUUAUGGCAUCAUGGGUUUGUAUGUGUCUGUGGUCCUCGUCAUUGGAAAGUUUGUACGAGGCUUCUUCAGUGAGAUCUCCCACUCCAUCAUGUUUGAGGAGCUUCCCUGUGUCGACCGCAUACUGAAGCUCUGCAUGGACAUCUUUCUGGUGCGUGAAACUGGAGAGCUGGAGCUGGAAGAGGAGCUUUAUUCAAAACUCAUCUUCCUUUAUCGGUCCCCGGAAACCAUGAUCAAAUGGACCAGGGACAUCCGAAGCCAAGACAGACACUGACCAAAUGAUUGGUUGUCAGCCCAAAGGAAUACUGUCCAUGAAAUAUUCCCUUAUGAAGUUGUAGUCGGUAGAACAUUUCAAGAAUGGCCAUGGAACUUUGAGAUCAAAGAACGUUCACUAUUGUUACCUGUACGCAUGUUGGAUAUCCUAAGGUGGUGGCGCUUUUAAUUCCCACGUUGGUCAACAUGGAUUCUUAUUCUUCAGACCACGCCUCUUCAUGCUGCACUUGUAUGUUUUUUUUACGUUGCCAUGACAAUUAGGGAUGCUCUCAUGGGGUUUUAUUCUACCGAUUCCGAUCAUCUGUGAGUGAAGUUGGACGAUUGGACUGAUUACAUAGUUUAUGUGUAAAUGUUUACAUUUAUUUAUGAUUGAUUAUGAUUGAGUGCUAUUGGCCUGUGGUGUCGUAUCACAGGGAACGGUUAGGAUAAUUGUCAGAAUUCCUGGUUCCACCUUUUCUGCUGGGAAGCACAAGAUCAACUUCAUUUAUACCGAAAAAUAUUUGAUGUAGUUUUUCAAAUGAACAUUCAGUAAAUCACUGGUGAAACUCUCAA